AUGAUUUUAUUUUAUUUACUUUCACUAGUUAGAUGUGGAGAAAUCUCACCUUAUCUUAGAAAACCAAUUGAACCUUCAGUUAAUAAUCAACUGGAAAUAUCAGACUAUGUCUUCACAUAUACAACAGCUACUGAUAUGUUUAAAGGUGAUUAAUUACUAAUCAAAUUUCCUACUUAAUACACUAAUUUGCCAUUAGUCGAAACAGAUUAUAAAAUUACUCUUUAGAAAUGGAACCCAGAUCUAUUAAUAUGGUAAACAAUGACUGGUGUUAGUUGCAAAUAUCUACCUACUGAUUCUUAAACACCUUCCCUUUUUAAAAUAACCUUACCUGAUGUUAAAGCAGGUAAUUAUAAACUAACUAUACCAUCAAUACCAAAUCCUUUAUAUGGAGGAACAGGGAACUUUAAGAUGGAAACCCGAAGAAAUGAUGUCUAUAAAAAAGAUAUUAAUUUAAUUGAUUUUAAUUAUGCAUUUGGAAAAGUUGGAAUUGCAAAAGCAGCAAUAGAUUUAAGUGGAGUUAGUACUACAUAUUCAGCUUCAGGUGUAAAUUUAAUAAAUUAAGUCACAUUCUCAUUUUAAACUAAUAUAUUAAUACCAAAAGAAGGAAAAUUAACUUUAGAUUUAUCUCAAUCUAUUUUUUCAAUAUAAGAUGAUAAAUAUUCAAGUACAACUACUCUAAAAGGUAAUAUUACAAGAUAGGGAAUGAUGUUUUCAAUAAAUGGAUUUGAAGAUGAUUAAGCAGCUGCAUCAUAUGAGAUUUCAAUUUCAGGAAUAAUAAAUCCAAAAUAUUCUGGUAUUCCAGGAUAAUACACAUUAAGAACAUGGACAAACAAUACAAAUACAAUAUUGAAUCAAAAGAAGGCAGUUAAUUUUCCAUCAAUUACUCCAGGAACAUUAACAGAUGUUAAAGUAUCCUCUCAUCCUACAUUAACUGGAUAAACUGAAGUUAUUUCAAUAAACGAUGUUACAAUAUAUUAAAUUACAUUUUCUUUAAUUAAUGCUGUAGAAUCAACAGGUUAAAUAAUAAUAAAUUGGUUAAGUGGAGGUUUAUUUGAAUCAUGUUAUGUAACAGAUGGAUUAUAUGAUUAAAGUGAGAAUGUAUAAGUGAGUUGUAUACAAAAUGUUAAUCAAUUUAUUAUUUAGAACUUUAAAAGAGUUUAGCCAAAAACUUCAAUUGUAGUUUAAUUUAAAGCAACAAAUCCAGGGAGCACUCCUUUGUCAAAUUUAGAAAUAAAAACAUAUUAAGAUUUAGCAUAAUUAUAAUUAGUAGAUACAUAUUCAAGUGUUAUUACAAGUUUGUCUUUAUAAUCAUAUACAUUAUUUAGUACAUUUGAUAUUACUUUUCCUACAGCUGAUCAUUAAAGAGCAGCUUAAACAGCUACUUGGGUUGUAAAUUGGAAAAAUUCAAUAGUUCCAGCUACAUCAUAUAAAUUAAAACUAAUAUUUAGUACUGAUUUUUCUUUUGUUGGUUUAUCUUGUACAGCUGUAAAUGAUGUAGCUGUAACUGAUACUGGUACAUGUUCUAAUAGUGGAUCCAUUUUGACAUUCACAUUUGGAAAUACUGCAUUUUCAUCAACAAAUAAUAACUAACUUACUAUUGUAGGUGUGAAGCAUCCUACAACACCAGGUGAAUAUGUAGUUGGUGUUAAUUUAUUAACAAACCUUAAUGUUGUUGUUUCAAGAUAAACUAUUUAUUUCUAAGUUCUUCCAUACAAAUUAACAUCAAUUCAAUCCUUUAGAUUAUCAUAAGAUUAAUCUACAAAAACCUUAAUUUAUUUUAAGUUUCCAGCUUUAAAUGAUAUUCCAAGUUCUGAAUGGUAAUAGGAUUUUAAUAUAAUGACAUCUGAAAUUUGGGUUGAAUUCUAAACUGUAGAUUCAUUUCAUCCAGCUCCUGCAAAUUUUUAAUUUUUAACUGAUUUAGGCACAGGUUUAACAGAUUAAGCAGCAUUCCCAUGUUAUGGUUAUUCCAAAUUAUAACCUUUAAGUGGAAAUACUGAAAUAAAAUGUAAUUUAAAUAAACCAAGCAGUACACCUGAUCCUGCAAGAGUUAAAGUUCAUCAUUAUAGAGCAGUUUUAAAAAAUGAAUAAUUUGAGUUACAUUUACCAAAUAUUUAGAAUCCUUAAUGUGAAUCAUAUUUAGUUACUGUUGAUGAUUUAUGUAGAUCAACUGCAUCAGUAACAAUUAAGAUUCUUUUAAAAAAGAAUAGAAGAUAAUAUAUAAUGUAUUAAAAUGAUCCAAAUGAUGUUAAUUUAAUAUUUCCUGCUGUUCUACCUAAGAUAGUAGUUAAGAACAAAUAUAAUGAUAAUUUAGUUGGUGGAUUACCUUCAUAAGCUUCACCAAAGUUUGUACCAACAAUAAUCAAUCAAGAAUCUAGUAUUUAGAUCAGAUAUGAACCUGGAUCUACUAAGCCCUUAAAAUCAUCAGUGGAUACUUCAUAAGGUAUAAUAUUUAUAUUUCCAUAAUUACCAACUACAAAUCCAUAAGCUUAUAUAGUAAACAAGAAUGUUUAAUGUAGUUUAGGAUUACUUACAUAAUUGAAUUGUUAUGCAUAUAGAGAAGUUGGAUGGGUAGUUGUUAUUCCAACUACAUUAAUGGAUAUUCCUGGAGCAAGUGCUUUAGAUGUUACUUUUUAUUUAAAAAAUUUCAUAAAUCCAUAUUAUGCAGCUGAUCCAAUUGGAUGUAUUCAGAUUAUGACAAUUAAAAAUAAUUAAUAAUGGGAACAUAUGAUAUUCUAAGAUUUACCAAAUUUUAGUCCUGGAUCUGCAAAAUCUGUUUAAGUAACAUCUAGAAGAUAUGAAGCUAAUAUGAUUGAUGUAGAAUAUAAUUGGUUGUUUUCAUUUAAUAAUGAUAUACCUGCUGGUGGAAAAAUCUAUUUGAUUUAUGCAGUAAACUUUUAUGAUCAUGGAGGUGUAAAUAGAGAUAUAAAUUUUGAAAUUAAAUAAGGAUUAGAACCAGUUAAUGAUAAAUUUGGUAAAGCCAAUAAUACAAACAUUUAUAUUAUUUAGGAUUUCAAACCAUACACUAAAGGAACAGUUAUUAGUAUAAAAAUGACAGGAGUGAAAAAUCCACCAAAAGCUGGAUUAACAAAUUUAUUUGGUGUAUCUUCAUUAACUGCAGAUAAUUAUUAUAUUGAUUCAACAACUGAUGUUACAGGUAUGACAAUUAUUCAAUAAGUACCUAUUGGAGAAAUUAUAUUCAAUCAUUUUAAAAUGUAUCCAGAUAAUGGAUCACCUCCAGAUUCUAUAUUUCCAGCAACUUAUGAAAUCAGUUUCUAUCCUACUCGUAAUAUUCCAAAAUAUGGUAAUAUUACAAUUACUUUUCCUCAAGAUUUUGAAGCUUCUUCAUUAUGGACCACUUUACCUACUGAUCCAAAAGUGAUAAGUUCUGCUUCAUUUUUGGAUACUAUAACUGAUGACUCCUAAAUAAGAUGUUAUGUUAGUGGAUCAUUAAAAACAAUGAAUGAUUGUAUAAUUGAUUCUUUGAAUGUGAUAAUCACACUAGAUAGUGAAUUAAGAAUUGAAGCUGGUAUGGAACCAGUAAUAGUUAAAAUAUUAAAUGUUCGAAAUUUCAAUGAAGACAAAAACUCUGGAGUUGUAGUUAUCAAAACUAUUUAUGAUGCUGUUGUAUUAGAUGAUAGUGGUACAACUGAGACAAAUAGAAAAGCAACAAGUGGUUUGAAAGCAACCUUUAUGAACAAUACUCAAUAUUCUCUUCUAUAUUAUCCUACUACUGAAGGUGUAUAAGCAACCUAUGAAUUAACUCUAAAACCAUCAUUGGAAAUAAAAGAAACAGCAACUAUUGUAGUAGAAUUCCCAGCUAUGUUCCCUUAUGGUUUGGGUGGUAGUAUAGGAUGUGAUAUUCCAUUAUUAAGUAAAGCAACUAAUGAUCCUAUUUAAUGCAGUGUUUCUGCAUGGUAAAUUACAUUAUCUAAUUUAAAGGCCUAUGUUCCAAACACUGAUGGUUUUGUAGUAAUUAUUACAGGUGUUCGAAACCCUAAUUAAAUAAUUACAUCUUCAACAAAAUAACUCAGGUAAGGGAUUAGAGUAUAUAUUAUGUCUAAUGAAACACAUGCCUAAGAAUUUGUUCCAAAUAUGGGUGCACUUUUAUUUACUCCUGCUGCUUCUAUUUUACAAUUACAAUAAUUAUACAUUACAUCAUCUAAUACUAGAGAUUAUGCUGAUUACACUCUUUAAUUAUAACCAGAAAUUAAUGGAUCUCCAACUAAAUUUAAAUUAGAUUUCUAAAAGGGAUAUUAAAUUGCUUCACUUUGGAGUGAAAAGAAAUUAACAUUAGAUGGAAAUCAAUUUGAUGUUGAACCUUCUGGAAAUAGUUUUAGUUUUGAUACUACAUUUACAGCAGAUACUACCAAAACAUUCUAAAUUGUUGUUCAAUAAUUACCAAAUCCAUUAGAUGAAGGUAUAUGUCCAGGAUAUCCUGAUCUAUCACUUUAUGAUGGUACUACUAAAUAAAUUAUUAUGUAAACUUAUUCUAAUUUAAUGCAACCUUCUACACCUGACUUUAAACAUGCAGGUAAAUUAAUUAUUAUAGAUGAUGAUGAUCCAAAUCAUUAUAUUGAAGCUGGAACAUAUACCAAUAAUAUUACAUUAUCUUUGUAUCCAGUAGAAUCUGCAUCUUAAACAAUGGAAAUAUCUCCAUUAUUUGAUGAAGCUUUCAAAGAUAUUUUAACUAUUACUCCAAUGUUAAUAGAUGCUGGUUAAAAGACUGGUUAAUUUAGAAUUGGUAUUGAUACAUCAAUUGCUGUUUUAAGAGUAGUCAUAAAAUUUACACAUGAAAUUAGUGAUUAUAUUCCAGUUAGACCAAUUUAUUUAUGGAUUUAAAGAUACAAAAGUAUAAUUAAUUAUAAAAUUUAGAUAUUUCAAUAAGUGUAAGUGAUAUAUUUGAAGUACCAGCUGGAGGUAGAAGUGAUGUAUAAACAGUGGAAAUGUCUUAUGGAUCAUAUAAACCUAUUAUAUUUUCAUUUUAUCUUCUAAAUAAUCAACCAAAAUAUUCAGCUGUUUAUCCAAAAACAAUUACUCUUACUGAUGGACAAAGAACUGGUUAAUUUUGGGUAUCAUGUGGAAUACAUACAGAAGGUGCAGUUGGAUAAUUAUUAACAAUAAUAUCUGGAGAUGACAAACCAACAUUUUAGGUUACUAAUAGAGUUAGAAAUUUUAGUGUGAUUAAUCCUGACUUAAAUAUUCCUUUUAUUGUUAUUAAAUAGAUUAUGCUUGCUGCAGAUUCCUUAGUCUAAGUUCGUAUUGUUACAAAUGAACCAUGCACAAUCUAUUUUGCAGUAGUACCUACUUUUAUUAGAGAAGUAACCUUACAAUAAAUUAAAAAUAAAAUGUUACCUUAUGAUUACUUUAAUUAUCCUUUUAUUUUUGGUGAAUAUAUUUAUGAUUCUCCAACCUAUGAAUAUUAAAUUCUUGUUGAUUAAUUACAAAUAUCAACAUCUUAUUAAUUUAUUGGUUUUGUUGAAGAUUAUUCUGGAAAUCUAGCAGAGGCUCCUGCAAUAUUAUAAUUUAAUACAACAAACUAUACAGAUCCUCAUUCUGAUACACUUUCAUUGACAUCAAAUCCAUCAAUUUUUGCAGAUACUAACACUUCUUUAACAAUAUCAGGUCUUUAAGGAAAAAUUCAUGCAAUAGCACUUAGAAAUCCAUCCUAUAUUUAUGAAAAUCAUUUUAAAGCAGACUCUUCAGUUUUAAGAAGUAGAAGAAUAUUACAAGAUGCUACAGAUCCUACUACAACUGAUCCAACUACCACAGAUCCUACUACCACAGAUCCUACUACAACUGAUCCUACUACAACUGAUCCUACUACCACAGAUCCUACUACAACUGAUCCUACUACAACUGAUCCUACUAAUACUGAUGAUAAUACAAAUACUGAUGAUAAUGAUAAUACUAAUACUAAUUCUACUGAUACUAUAGAUGUUAUAAAAUCAGAUCCUUAUGUUCCUGAAACUAGUGAUUAUACUUGUAAAGUUUUGAGUAUUAAUUAUCUCUCUUAAAUUUGUGAACCUGUAGCUGAUCGAAAAGCCAAUUUCACUAGAAUAGAUUACUAUGCAUAAUGUUUAAUAUUUUAUUAAUUUUAGAAAUUAUAAUAAGUCCAACUGGGAAAUAAAUUUCAAGAGGAGAAAAUCAUGAAGGAAUACUUGUAGAACAUUAUAUGACUUCAUCAGUACAUAAUAUUUUUAAUUGAUUUAGGAUGGCACUAUUAAAUUUACUAAUCUUGUUCCAGACAGUGAUUAUUUUAUCUUCAUAGUACAAGAAUCGAAUUCAUUAUUUUCAUCUAAACCACUUAUGAUAAAAGGUACUACAAGAACUUUAUUUGAACUUUACAUAUUGAAACUGUUAGUGCCAAUAAUAAUAUAUAUUUUAAUUUGA